GCCGCGCGACAAACACGCCCGGGUUGGAAGAUUCUGCAAUCAUGACACCGUCAAUAUUCGCAAUUUUCAUGCUCGGCCUUUCCUCCGUGGCCACCGCCGCCAACUUCACUCUGGUCUACGAGUGGUCCGAUGAGUGGGACUACGAAUGGCCGUCGGAGGCGACCAGGACACAGGCCUUGCAAAAUGUAACUUUGAAACCAGAGCAUAUCGAGCCUCGUUUCAUGGCUGUGUACGGAACAAUGAUCUUCCUGAGCCUUUGGAAUUAUGAUGGCAUUCCGGUGACACUGGUGUCUUUGCCGACGAGCAGCGCGUCCUCUGCGCCCCCGAAACUCACUCCAUUUCCUUCGUGGGACAUGCAUGGAAAUGGAGACUGCAACAAAAUUGAAGAAGCAACAGGCCUGGAUGUUGAUUCCGUUGGAAGGCUCUGGGUGCUGGACAACGGUAGCGACAAUUGCUAUGCUAAACUAUGGACCAUCGACUUGUCCAACAACGAUCAAACCAAAAUCAUUCACGUUUUUCCUUUUCGAAAAUCGAUGCACGAUUUGGUGCUCGACGAGACGCCCAACGAAACCUUAGCCUACAUUGCGUGGUGGCGUGAAAGAAAAAUUGUCGUCUUUAGUUUGGAAAGAAAUGAAUCUUGGAUUUUGGACACGCCAGGAAUCAGGGUUAUGUCGAUUGCUCUGUCCCCUAUGGAGGAAGCGAGACAGCUUUACGUCAGCAAUUGGAGCUCCAAUGAAGUGUAUUCAAUUUCCGUUGACGCACUUCGCAACGGAACUCAAACUGCAAAUCCGGAACUAAUCGGAAACUGGACUACAAGCAAAAAACCAUACAGAAUGCUGAUGGACAACCAAGGGACCAUGUAUGCAGCCUUUUGGUGGAAGAAUUACACUUCUUCUUGGAACUCUUCACAGCCAUUUCAGGAGCAACGUUUUUAUCAGGCCGCUAUACCGAAUACGGGUUUGCCGUUUACUUUUGCCUUGGACCAAAAUGGAAAUCUUUGGAUGAUGGUGUUUGAUGUCAAAACAAAGCCGAGACACAAGCUUUUGAAGGCUGCAGUUGGUGCUAAAUCAUACACCUACGAGGCCUCACCAGGUGCAAGUGGUGGAGAGGCCCAAAGCAGAGUGCUGAUCAACUCAAGCGUAUUCUUCGUUUUCCUCUUGGCCAUUGCUAUUUUGUAGUUUUACUAACGUGGUCUUAAAAUCGUUGUCAGUUAAAAUGACGAUGAAAAUUUUUAGAUUUUUUUUGAAAAGUGUGUUUUGUGGUUUGUUGAUUAUCCAUAUUCCUACGAGAAAAGAAGACAGUUUGCGUCAUUUGGUAGCUACAGUUGGGCUUCAAUGGAUCACCCUUCAGCAUCUACAAACUCAAAAGCUUUGUGGCUCAGUACUGUGAAGAAAUUUUGUAAGAGUUAAUAAAUUUUCAUGUUUCACAGUU